CCGGAGUUUCUUUCUUCUUUCUCUUGUCCAUUUGUUUUCUCUUUCCCAUAACCUCUUUUUCUCUUCUUAUAUAUUUUAUCAAUAUGUGAAAAUCCUUUUUUUUUAUCAGUCUAGUACAAUUCCCUGAAGUAUCAAAACCACAUAAACUAUGAUGAUGAAACAACUUGUAUUGUCACUGCAAACCUCUGAUCGCCAAAGAAGAAUACGUUGAAAUGGAUAAUGACUUUGGCACUGUUCUAUACACUGACUGGAACUGAUAACGAUAUAUUUGUAUUAGAAUGAUGGAAGGGGACGAUAUUUAUGGAUUUUCAUCGACUGUGACUAAACUCUCCCCAGAAUUACAAGAAUUUCGCUUACGAAUUCCAACGAUAACUGAGGAUGAAAGGUCAAUCCGUGUGUUACAACCCCAUAUUCGUGAACAUGUACUUGCCUAUGAACCUACUGCUCUUCAAGAGAUACAAAGACUAGUGUUAGUCAAGGAUGGGGUCAGAGCGACUAUUAAUUCAAGAUUAUCUUUACCUCAGACAAGAACCGUCAUUCACCAGAUACGAAAAUGUGGAACUGAAGAUUAUCAACAACGACAACAGCAGCAAACUGACGCUGGGAAAGAAACGAUGAACAUUCUUAUAGCACCAUCUGUUCGAAUCGAUGUUGAACAACGACCACGUCUCGACCCUUCUUCCUCCAACGGGUUUGAACCAUCGCCAUCGUCACUGAUCUUCAUCCCCAAGCGAUUCAUCACUUGGUACAACUCUAUGACUUUUGACAAUGGGUACAAGCAAUUAUACUCAUUCGAUGAACUUGCGCAGUUACGAAAGGUCAGAUCGAAGUUCAGUGCCGCAAGCACAUACCUCCUAUGCCGAUCAUCAUCCGUCUUCACAAAUGAUAUCCGUAGUAGACCUGCCACCAUUUGGACGCUCUGUGACUUUGACGCCAACCAAGGCAACAUUUCCUCCGCAUCAAUGGUGUCUCGAUUGUUCCGUGCAGUGGCAACAAGCGUUUUUGACAAUGGAAAGGAAGCGACUUUGGAAUCAAAAUUGGUCCAGGAAAUUGCCAAUAAACUCAAGAAUGGACUUUGGUGGAUCAGUAGGGAGAAGGCAUUUAUGAUGUAUUCGUAUUUUUAGUGUAAUAUAGCAUUGGUAUCCAUUUAUAAUAAAAAAAAAAAAAAAGAAAAGAAUGAAUAACA